AUGUCAACCACAAGGCUGCUUCAAGCCUCCUCCAAAGCUGGACCACUCCACCAUCUCUCUGCUCCUUCCACCUCUUAUUCCUUUUCAGUUCGGUUUAGUGGUAAUGGAGAUACAAAGGAUCGAAUUCCGAUUGGUAACUUCGAUUGUUCGCAGAGAAGGUUAGAUUCCACGGUGGCAGCGAGGGCCAUUGGGGCAUCAUCCUCAGCUGAUCAGACUUCCCAGACUAGUACUAGUAGCGCACAGAUCACGGCCGCGCCAUGGACCGAGAUAGAUCUGGCUUCCUUGGUUAACAAGUUAAAGAUGGUGGGAUUAAGCAAUCCUCCUCCCGCUGCCACCGCCGAUGUGAAUAGGAAACAGGGGAAGUUUCAUAUCCAGAUGGCCAUCGAGAGAGCGAUAUUCGACUGCCGGUUCUUCACUCUCUUGGCUGUCGCCGGCUCCCUGCUUGGCUCUGUACUAUGCUUCAUGGAGGUAUGCUUUCUUGUGGCGGAGUCCUAUUCUCACUACUUCCAUACUCUGUCUACAAACUUGGAUCAAGGGCAUAUGAUGAAGCUCCUCAUAGAAGCCAUAGACAUGUUCUUGGUGGGAACCGCCAUGCUUGUAUUUGGUGUCGGCUUACAUGCCAUGUUUGUGGGCUCCAAGGAUUCUCAACACGACAAGCAGACUUGGCUACCACAUUCCAACUUAUUUGGAAUCUUCCACUUGAAGUACCUUCCAGCAUGGGUGGAAACUCGAUCUGUUUCACAAGCCAAGUCGAAAAUCGGCCAUGCAGUCAUGAUGAUACUUCAAGUCGGCCUGCUCGAGAAGUUCAAGAACGUACCUUUAGUUACCAGCUUUGAUCUCGCCUGCUUCGCAGCAGCUGUUCUGGUUUCUUCAGCUUCCACAUUCCUCCUGUCAAAACUCUACACUGGUGCUGAUGAUCGAUAACUACCUCGAUCAAGGGCGUCCUCACUAGUUUUAGAAUAACAAGCUACGGAAACCAUGCAAAAGAACCCCAUGUAGCCAUAAGGUUUGUUCAUUUUUUUUCCAUUUAGGCUAAACAAAAGAACACAUGAAAAAGCAUGUAGCUUCACAUGUAUAUAACCAUAAAUAGUUUUCAUAAUUUAAGCCCUAAUGGUACAUGAUAACAAUAAAUUAAAGAAGACGAGGAGGAAAAAGCAUACUAAACCCUCAUUAUAUGUUAUGUAUAUAUGUAUAAGGAUGGCGCCCAUUGUUCAAGUCUCCAUCUUCAGUCUCUACCCAUUCAUACCAGUCUCAACAUCAGACAAUCCAUUCUCCAGCGCACGAACCAAAUUCUCGAAGUAAGUCUUGCACAUCUUCGUCAGCUCAUUCAGCUUCAUCCGAAAGGCAGCAUACUCGUGCAUGCAGCUUCCUUGAACCACAAACUUCUUCAUUUCCUUCUCUGCACAAUCAUGAAGCCUCUCCAAACAAGUUUCAGCCUGCCCUUGCAAGUACUCAAAGAACUGCUUCUUCGCAGCUUCUCUAAUGGGCAAGUAAUACCCAUACGCGUAAGUCCACUUCAGAACCCUUCUGCACUCCACAAUCUGCACCCAAGCUUCAGUCAAGAACAUAAGCUGGCUGUGAUUCUGACGAUGGACUCUUCCAAUCUCCGAAACCACAUUCUCCCUCACAUCCUUCAAGUCUCUAAUCGCAAUCUGCCUCGAUUUCUCGUUCGCUGCCCACCUUUCGUAGUAGUGCUGGUACCUCUUCACUUCUUCCCUCAAUGACUGCAAUCCAUCUGGAUCCACAUCCUUGUACCUAUUGCAGGAAUACGAGUGGCCUGUCCACGACCCCAGGCACACCCAGCAGAAUUCGUGCCGGCAUGGAGCUGCACAUCUCAUGUGCAUACACCCUUCGUUCUUUUCGAUCGCCCUGCUGCAUUUCGGGCAUGGCUUCGUGUUUACUUUCUUCCACAUCUCAUUUUGAGAUUCGGAGGCGUUCUUCAGUGACCAGUUCUUCACUGUCUCGCAGUCCACCGGCGAGUGCUUGUCCUCGCUGCAGCUCCAGCAGAAGCUGUGGGAGCAGAGGCACGAAACAUCGUAGUUUAGAUCCCCAAAUGACAUGAAUUCCACAGCGUGUGGGCAGUUGGGAGCAGGGCACCAUUUCCUUCUACUGCUGUUCUCUACAUAAGACCUAAUUGCGAAAUUGGAAUACUUUUUGCGAUCAUUUUCGUCGGCAAUUUGGUUGAUCAGUUCGUCUCCUACGAGAAUUUUGCAGGAAGGUUCAGGGCAUCUCAAUUGCAGGCAGCGGGGUCCGUCGUUGACGCUAUGCGCGAUGUAUUUUCGCAAGCAACAGCGACAGAAUCGGUGGCCGCAGUCCGCGGAGUUGAAGGAGGUUAAAGGGUGCGGUUCGAAACAGAUCUUGCAGGUGAGAAUAUGAUGAUCGGAAGGAGGGGAAGUUACCUUUUGAGCUGCCGCCGUCGGGAGGCCGACUUGGCGGCGGACUUUGAAUUCGUCAGCGAACCACGAGUCCUCGGCCUUGCUCGCGUCCCAAUCGAAGUGACGGAGAAUUAGGGUUGCGUCGGAUUUUGGAAGGCAGAGCACGGCCGAGAGCUGGGCGACGUCGUCGUCGAUGCGACCGCGGAUGUCGGAUUCUGUCAAGACGGAGUAUGACAACUCUGGCGGCAGAGCGGCUUCGAGCUCGUCCAAAAGGAAGGCGACGGCAUUGUCGCUGUCGAAUUCAGCCUGAUCGUCGGAUUCAACGGCGUUUAAGUCGUCGUCGCUGCUUAAGUAGCUGAAUUCGGCGAAAUUGUCAUAGUCGGAAUCAUCUUGUCGCAUUCUUUUUCCGGUAGGGUAAACGAACUUCAGACUGGCGGUAGGGUUUUUGUUUUUAC